AUGGCUCGACUUGUAUUCCUACUCGUACUAUGUACUCUGGCUGCAGCAAGCGUUCAUCGACGACUCUUUCAUCAAGCUCGUCGUCAUGUGACAUCGGUAUCGCUUUCGCGUCAGCCAACACUUCGUGAACGACUGAUCGCAAGUGGCAGUUGGGAGGAUUACCAGAAACAACGCUACCAUUAUCAAAAGAAAAUUCUAGCAAAAUAUGCUGCUAACAAAGCGUCAAAGUUACAAUCUGCAAACGAGAUCGAUGAAUUGCUCCGGAACUAUAUGGAUGCACAAUACUAUGGUGUCAUCCAAAUUGGGACUCCAGCUCAGAAUUUCACUGUGAUCUUCGACACGGGUUCCUCAAAUCUAUGGGUACCGUCAAGAAAGUGUCCAUUCUAUGACAUUGCAUGUAUGCUUCAUCAUCGUUAUGACUCCGGAGCCUCGUCAACCUACAAGGAAGAUGGGCGCAAGAUGGCUAUUCAGUAUGGAACUGGAUCUAUGAAAGGAUUCAUUUCUAAGGAUAUUGUUUGUAUUGCUGGAAUUUGCGCUGAAGAACAACCUUUCGCGGAGGCUACAAGUGAACCUGGUCUUACAUUUAUCGCUGCUAAGUUUGAUGGAAUCCUUGGAAUGGCAUUCCCGGAAAUUGCUGUUCUCGGUGUAACUCCUGUCUUCCAUACGUUCAUUGAACAGAAGAAAGUUCCUAGCCCUGUGUUUGCUUUCUGGCUGAAUAGGAAUCCAGAGUCGGAAAUUGGAGGAGAGAUUACCUUUGGUGGUGUGGAUACCCGACGUUAUGUUGAACCAAUUACAUGGACACCAGUGACACGUCGUGGAUAUUGGCAAUUCAAAAUGGAUAUGGUACAAGGUGGUUCAUCGUCCAUUGCGUGUCCGAAUGGAUGCCAAGCUAUCGCUGAUACUGGCACUUCUCUUAUUGCUGGACCGAAGGCACAGGUUGAGGCAAUCCAGAAAUAUAUCGGAGCAGAGCCGCUUAUGAAAGGAGAAUACAUGAUUCCUUGCGACAAAGUACCAUCCCUUCCUGAUGUUUCGUUCAUCAUCGAUGGCAAGACGUUUACACUCAAAGGGGAAGAUUACGUUCUAACCGUGAAAGCCGCUGGUAAAUCAAUCUGUUUGUCUGGCUUCAUGGGAAUGGACUUCCCAGAGAAGAUCGGCGAAUUGUGGAUCCUUGGAGAUGUUUUCAUUGGAAAAUACUACACCGUCUUCGAUGUUGGUCAGGCACGUGUUGGAUUUGCUCAAGCAAAGUCAGAAGAUGGAUUCCCUGUUGGCACCCCCGUUCGAACAUUCAGACAGCUUCAGGAAGACAGCGAUAGCGACGAGGACGAUGUAUUUACUUUUUAA